AUGGUUUCUUUGAUUGAGAACAAAUUUUUGGGUGCUUCCAAAUCUCUCUUUAACGUGCGUUCGUUGUUGGAAUCCAAUGGCUUGACAAGUCCUGUUCAUAAUGGAAAACAUCCUCUCUCCACCUAUGUCAGAAAUGACGAACAAGUUAGGGUGCAGUUGAGACCCUUGUUAUGCUUGAUGAAGUUUGCAUAUGGAGCUUGUCUUAUUCGUCCUAAUUCACUUGAACUUGAACCAGUGAUUAGAAGACAUGAACAUACAGUUAUUAAAUUCUUAUUAAACCAUGAAGGAUUGAGAAGAUUCAGUAACGUUUUGGAAUGGAGUGUGGACAAUGAUGACGAGAAGGAGCCUUUGAUUAUUUGUGAGCUCAUCAAAAUUCAAUACAGUGGCAACAAUGAAUUUCAAAUGUUUCUUAUUGACGAGAACAUCAAGAUUUAUGGUGUCGACGAAUGGAAGAUGGUAAUUGAGAGAUUGUAUUAUUUAAAGGAAAGAAAAUGA